AUGCCCCUCCUCCCGCCCCCGCCGCCCCUCCCCCCAGCAGCACCCCCAGGCACCUACCUAGUUACCCUCCUAAUCUACCCCAACCACUGGGCCUACUACAUCCCCUCCUUCACGCACCCAAACCUCGGCGUCCUCCUCCACACCAUCGGCGGCGACACAAAAACCGGCUUCAAAUUCAGUAUACAACGAAGCUACGACUUGAGUCUCCCUGAGAACCAGAACCCACCGCCUACACAUAGGAUUCCGUUGCAGUGGGUUGAUGAGCGGUGGUUUGAUGAGGAGAGGAUGUUGAAUGGUGGGGUUUGUGUGGAGGAUUGGGAGCCGGUUUGUGGGUUCGAGGGGGUUGUGGGGAGGGUUGGGAUGACGGGGUGGGGGGAGGGGUUGGAUGAUGAGGGGGAUAAGGACUGGGUUAUUAAGGUUUCUGAGGAGCUUGUUAGUAGUGGGGUUUUUGGGGAGAAUGUUGUCAACUAUCUUUAUACGAUCCGGGUAGCGGAGUGGCUAUAG